AUGGGUGGUAUCCUUUAUGAGUUUCCGGGUGACAAUUUGUUGCAGGAAAGAUUCUCUCCAGAAACCCUUCUUAAGAUUAUCAUCAAAUUCCUUAAUCAAGAAGGAGAAGUCAAACCGGUUAGGCUAGAUGCACAGACAACCAGUUGGCAACAAACUGAGCUCAUCAGUCCUGGAUUCUUAACUGUCAGAGAGGAUGGGUGGAUAAAGCUACAGCGGGCUUGUUGUCCAUUACAAGUCUCCCAAAGGGAGGGGAGCAGCCACGCCACAGUUUCUUCUAUCCUGAGCCUGUCUUGUGUUGUUCUAAGUGUGUGA